AUACUGAUUCUGAGAAAUGCGCAUUACCCUCUUUAAACGUUCUUUAAUUAGAAAAAUGUAAAAGCAUAACCAUAACUGGUAUGAUUUGACAUCCAUUUCUUGACCUUAAUGUGAUCCUAUGGAGAUAAGAACCAAUACAAGAAAAGCCAUGGGGCAGUUGAUCCAAAUUUACACUAACGGCGCCAACAAAAUGGUCAAGCAAGACAGUAAAGCUUCACAUGGCAGUCGCUCUUAAUUGUCUUCUUCCUACCAAUUUUUGACUCUGAAGAUGCAUUAGCCCCUCAGCCCUCCUCUAUCUCUCUCUCUCUCUCUUCCAGUGCAAAGGAAGUCCCAGAGUUGAAAUUAUCGUCCUCAAAUUAGUUCCUUAGAAUCUUGGGUUCCACACCCCCACACAAAGCACAAAGGUUCAAAUCUAUCUACAAGUUCUUGUCUCCUAUACCCGACCUGUCCCUAACAAAAGAAAUUUCCACUCAAAACCCAACUUUCUAUUUUAAUAUCUAGACACUACACUGCUCGGAUCUUCAUUUGCUAACCGAGCUGCAAACCUUGUCUGUGAAAACCAUAAAAGAAUAAAAAAUUUUGAUGAAAUGAAAAACACCCACAUGUUGAAACUAGCUCUCGCAUUGUCUUCAACAGCUUUCUUGUUCAUUCUCGUACUUAUCAUCUUCUUUUACCGCAAAAGAGCACCGAGGAAUGACCAGGUGGGUGACAUAGAAAGCAAAGAGCAGAAGCAUGUAGAUGAGUCACAAAUAGAGGACUUGAUCACUUUCAGCGGCGGGCAAGACCUCACCAUCUGUGACAUUCUCGAUGCUCCUGGUGAAGUGAUUGGCAAGUCCAACUAUGGAACCUUGUACAAGGCCUUGUUGCAGAGGAGCAACAUGGUCAGAUUGCUUCGGUUUUUGAGGCCAGCGUGUGCCUUGAGAGAUGAAGAAUUUGGGGAUGUGGUUCAGCUGUUGGGGUGCAUUAGACAUCCCAAUUUGGUGCCUCUUUUGGGAUUUUAUGCUGGGCCUAGAGGAGAGAAGCUUCUUGUUCACCCUUUUUAUAGGCAUGGCAAUCUGGCUCAGUUACUCAGAGAUGGAAAUGGGGAGUGUCAUAGAUGGACCAUAAUGUAUAAGAUUUCCAUUGGUAUGGCCAGAGGAUUAGAUCAUCUACACACUGGGUUGCAAAAGCCAGUAGUCCAUGGAAAUCUUAAGUCUAAGAACAUACUUUUGGAUCGCAAUUACCAGCCAUAUCUCUCGGAUUUUGGCUUAUAUCUACUCUUGAAUCCUACCUCUGCCCAAGAAAUGCUUGAAGCUUCUGCAGCCGAGGGCUACAAAGCUCCUGAGCUCAUCAAAAUGAGGGAUGCAAGCGAAGAGACUGAUGUAUACAGCCUUGGGGUCAUCUUUCUUGAACUACUUUCAGGAAAGGAACCAAUAAAUGAAAAGCCAACCCCUGAUGAGGAUUUUUAUCUGCCAAACUUCAUGCGAAAUGCAGUUCUAGACCAUAGAAUUAGCGAUCUGUAUCAUCCAGACAUACUUCUUCAGAACAGCAAUGAUCAGGGAAAUCCUGUUACUGAAGAAUCCAUCCUUAAAUUCUUUCAGCUUGCCAUGGCUUGUUGUUCUCCUUCUCCUUCUCUUAGACCCAAUAGCAGACAAGUGCUCCUGAAGCUUGAAGAAAUUGGAAAGUAGGAGCUCGUGCAUGCAUUUUGCAGGGAUAUAUAUGAACAGUGGCAUUGGUAUUAGUUCAUUGUUCGAUUGAUGUCAGGCUAAAUUUCUACAUUUAGAUUUUGUGAAUUGCAUUUGAUGGUCGCAGUAAUAGGGGUGACAAUGACAAUAUUGAUGUGUACGGGGAUCGUAAAAAUGGGUACUCUUGAAGCAAAAAGGUUGAAUGUUUGCUACAUGACAAGGGUUUUAUAAUUGGUGAUGUUGACAUUUGUAAAGAAAGUUUCUUCUCAGGGUACUCUCCUAAAGCAAAAGUGAAAGUCUCAGCCAUCCAACCAGGAUUGUAGAAUUUGUGAUUGGGUUUGUCGGAUUGCUGGAUUUCUUUAUUAUCAAAGUAUCUCUAUGACAAAAUAAAUGAUCCAAUCUGGCCCCAGUAAAGAGACACAAAGGCAUGUAAAUUUGAAACAAUUGUUAUGUCACUCCUACUAUCCCUAUAGUUGGAUCUCUAUGGAUUUUUGGGUUAUUGCCUUACCCAUCAAGUGGAUAUGGAGCAACAGAAAUACUGGAAUGAAGCGAGGUGCUUGGCAGUUACAAUAGGUGAUUUCUGGUCAGUUCCCGUGGCCUGCAGGUCAGUUUCCAGCCUUUCCAAGAAUUGAUAUGAUGGACAUAAAUUUUUAAUCCCAUGUUUGGUGGCUUGUUUAAUCUUUGGCUCCUUCCUUGGAUAGCAACAGCAUUGUCAUUUCGAUAGUUGACUAGAUUUUUCCUUUAUUUUUUUUUUCAAAAAAAAAUUGUAUUCUCAUUGAUUAUCUCUUAUCUUAGCGAAUCCUUAACUGUAUAUUCAACAAGCUAUGUAGGCCAAUUUACAUCCAAUCAAAUCUUUGUUGCGUAUUUGUGUA